CCUCUUUGCUCCUCCGUUUCGGCCUUUUCUCUCACUACAACAACAAAAACAUGGUUAUGUUCCUCUGGUUGGUCACCAUUAUCAGCUUACUGAGCGCCCGGAACAUCUCGGCAGAGUUUCAGAGAUUCGAACACCCCAUCAACGGUGAUGGAACGCUCAGGUUCUUGGUGGUCGGGGACUGGGGAAGAAAGGGAGAGUUCAACCAAUCACGUGUUGCGUUUCAGAUGGGGAGAAUUGGGGAGGCGUUGGAUAUAGAUUUUGUGGUGUCGACAGGUGACAAUUUCUAUGAUAAUGGGUUGAAGGGGGAGGAUGAUCCCAACUUUCUUCACUCUUUUGCCAACAUUUACACUGCCAACAGCCUCCGGAAGCAAUGGUUUGCUGUGCUGGGGAACCACGAUUACAGGGGUGACGCAGUGGCGCAAUUGAGUCCCUUUCUCAGGAAAAUUGACAGUAGGUGGCUUUGCUUGAGGUCUUUCGUUGUUGACGCAGAAAUUGGUGAAUUGUUUUUCGUGGAUACGACACCGUUUGUGAGUAAGUACUUCACAAAGCCAGGGCAUCAUAAGUAUGAUUGGCGAGAUGUGCUCCCCGUAAACAAGUACACUUCUCAACUACUAAAUGAUCUUGAAGGGGCAUUGAAGGAAUCAAGAGCAAAAUGGAAGAUUGUGGUGGGUCAUCAUCCCAUUCGAAGCGUUGGCCACCAUGGCGAUACCCAAGAGCUUGUCCACCGACUUCUUCCAAUACUUCGGGCGAACAAAGUCGAUCUCUACGUGAACGGGCACGAUCAUUGUCUUGAACAUGUCAGCGAUGACGAAAGCACAAUCCAAUUCUUGACAAGUGGAGGGGGCUCAAAGGCUUGGAGGGGAGAUUCUGACAAAGCAGACAGCUUGAAAUUCUUCUACGAUGGGCAAGGGUUUAUGUAUGUUCAACUUACACAAAGUAAUGUGGAGAUUGUAUUUUAUGAUGUGUUUGGUAGGGUUUUACACAAAUGGACUACAUCCAAGAUGGAGCUCGACACGUUUAUGUAGAAGUAUCAUGGAUCCGAUGGAUGAAUCAUUGAGUGCAGUAUGCUCAAACCAUCCAAACCCAUUGGAUGAAAAGCGAUAUUCAAUUUACACGGAGUCCUUUGUAGCUCGUAGUAGGUAUAUAUACAAGUAUGAAUAAUAAAAGUGCGACUCAAAUUUCCCUAAAGAGUUUAGGGUUUUAUAAUUAGUAGAGUGAGAACUAAGCUCUUUGUGGUUAGAUGUCUGCAUGAUGUAUUUUUCUACUAUAAUUGAGAGUGAGUAUUUAAA